AAUACUUGUGAAAAAGAUUUAUUGUUCUACCUGUGUACGACGACAAUUCCAAGAAUUAAUGAUGAUGACAGUUCCAAGAUCGGGCCCAACCUGGCCGUCGAAUCAGCAAGAAUACCGUCUAGUCAAAUCACCACCACAAGAACUACAUAAACUAGUGAAAACUACAAAAAGCUCAAAAUUGUUUUAG